AAAAGGUUAGAGGGAAGAGCUUUCAACACUCAAGAGAUCGGAAGAAGCUGAAAUCACACAGACCCUAAAUCUUUCAAUAGCUUUUAGUACUAUCAGAUAAUGGCUAGAUACGACAGAGCGAUCACCGUUUUCUCGCCGGACGGCCACUUAUUCCAAGUGGAGUACGCCAUGGAAGCCGUACGCAAAGGAAACGCCGCCGUCGGUGUACGUGGAACUGACACUGUUGUCCUUGGCGUUGAGAAGAAGUCCACUCCCAAGCUUCAAGACUCCAGGUCAGUAAGAAAGAUAGUAAAUCUAGAUGAUCACAUUGCAUUGGCGUGUGCUGGGCUGAAAGCAGAUGCACGAGUGCUUGUGAAUAAGGCACGCAUUGAGUGUCAGAGUCAUAGGCUUACGGUUGAAGAUCCUGUUACUGUUGAGUACAUAACUCGUUACAUUGCUGGUCUUCAGCAAAAGUACACUCAAAGUGGUGGGGUGAGGCCAUUUGGUCUAUCCACCUUGAUCAUUGGUUUUGACCCACACACAGGUGUCCCCUCACUUUACCAAACAGAUCCAUCAGGUACAUUCUCAGCUUGGAAAGCCAAUGCGACUGGUAGAAACUCCAACUCUACUCGGGAAUUCUUGGAGAAGAAUUACAAAGAAACAUCUGGCCAGGAAACUGUGAAACUAGCAAUACGUGCUUUGCUUGAAGUUGUUGAAAGUGGUGGAAAAAACAUAGAAGUUGCUGUGAUGACAAAAGAGCAUGGGCUUAAGCAACUUGAGGAAGCUGAAAUUGAUGCCAUUGUUGCUGAGAUCGAAGCAGAGAAAGCUGCUGCAGAAGCAGCCAAAAAGGCCCCGCCGAAGGAAACCUAGUUGUGCUGAAAUUUGUUCUUAACUAUCCCUGAAUCCUUUCUUUUUUCGGAUCAAGCCAAGUGCAGUGUUACUUGAAUUUUAAGAUUUUGGUCUGUCUAAUACUUUACCUAUGUUAAAAUUGUCUGAUGGGACUAAAAAAGUCAUGCUCUCGCGA